AUGAGGGACGCAUGCGAUAGCAGAAUCGACCCGGAAGAAACGGGGUCAAGGCCCUUCGACAUCUUCCUGGAGAUUUUGAGGGGGGCCGAGAAGAGGGAGGAGACGCUGGGGAAGGAGUUCGUGUACGUGCGCCAAGUUGCUGGGGAGAGCGCCUACGACCUGGAGCUGGUGCCCUUCCGGGAGGUGUCGUUGGAGAGCUACAUGACCGUCAGCCCGGCGGGGAUGUCGCACUACGUCGGUGGCACGCCUGUGUCCUUUGUGAGCCUUUUUCACUGGCUCCAAGAGCGGCGCCUCUUUCGAUCUCUGCGAAGACUCCGCUUCUUCCGGGAGUUCCCCGUCCGGAAAUCCUUCUUGCACUGGCGAAAUGCAGGGAGGUGGGGCCGGAUGACCAAAGCCGGCCGAGUCCUGGAAGACCGCGUCUUCUUUCUGCACCCCUGGUUCCGCCAGGUCCCCAGAGUGACGAAUCUGAAUUGGCAGCAUGACCUCUUCCAACGUGCUGCCCACCAGGCGGCAAAGGUGAAGCUGGAAGUCUCCCAGAUCCUGGCCCUCGUCAUCGACCAGGAGCGUUCCAUCGCGUUGUGCAGCAUCUACAAGCGUUUCCUGCCCCUGCCCCGGCAUGCCUGGCAUGCCUGGCAUGCCUGGCAGGUGCGCAGGGAGGCGACCGACAGCAGCGAGUUCACGCGGCAGAUCUUGGUGAGCGGGCGGCGGGCGGGGGCGGCCAUCGUCCGAGCCGGCAUGGAUUGGGAGGACAGCGAGGCCCUCGAGCGCCUGGGCUUCUCCAAGGAUGUGAGCUUCGCGCAGCGCUCCCGCCUGCGCCACGAGUGCGAGCGGCUGCUGCGGUUUGCACGGCUGGUAGACCUGAUCUGCAACGAGAGCCUGGCGGGGUCGAGAGGAGAGGAGAGAGCCAAGCCGCCUAAAGAGAAGCUACAGCAUGCUACAGCCGCUUACAGGCAUGGCUCGCUGGUCCUCAAAGUGACCUCCAUGUCCAGACCCGACCAUGUGGCCAAGAGCCUGGCCUUGCAGCUGUGCCCCAGUGAUGCCGAAUUGCAGGAAGAAUUCAUCAGCUGGUUGCGGCAUGGCUGUAACCUGGCCACCUUCUUCACCCGCAACUACGCGUCACCAGCCCCCUGCCUAGACUCAUCGACUCUAUAUCGUGCGACCUGCUCUGAUUGCUUGAUUGCACUUGCACUUGCACUUGCUUGCUUCGAGGACAUGGCGGCACAUCGCUACUUGGUCCGGUCCGAGAGCCUGGAUGCGCAGGCGGAGGAGGCGCAGGAGGAGAGGGAGCCGGAUGCGCUCUUCGAGCGCCUGCGCGGCCAGGCCGGGUGGCAGCGCAGCUGCCUUCGCUUGGCGCAAACUCUGAGGACAGCAUACCGGGAGGCCGACUCCAAGCUGCGGGUCCUCGAUGAGAAUUUGCGAUGGUGCUACGAGUGCCAGAACACCGUGAUCCCAGAUGUGAUCAAGCGUUUGUGGGCUUCUGGACACACGUCCGGCUUUGCCGAGCUUCUGAACAAGUACAAUGAAGGUCUGCAGAGCUUCGACAAGCUGCCCAGCCGCCACUUCUUGCGGCCCUUGGAGAUUGAGACCGCGGCCAUGCUUGCCGAGCUGAAGGAGGCCCCGGCAAGGUGUCUGGCGGAGCUGACGGAGCAGCUCCCAGAGGUGGUCCUGGCCUGUGCCGAGGGCCUCUCGCAGUGGAUCGGUGGCAAGACGAGGCAACUGUCGAAGGAGCCGACAUCUGUGGCCGACUUUGUAUCUGACUUGCUUGCCUUGGAGGAGACGCAGGAGGGCUGGAAGGGCCAACACGAGCUCCUGGAACGGAUGCAGGCGUUGCACGAUAUCCUGGACGAGCACAGGGUGUACAUGAGCACCACGCUGCGCACCAAAGUGUCGGGCAUGCCGCGGUCCUUCACCGUGUUCCAGACCGUCUUCUCAAGCAAGGAGGAGCAGGUCUCGCAGCUUCGGCCGGCAUUCCUGGAGCAGUUCGCGGUGGAAUUGGCGGCCUUGGAGGCGAAGCUGGCCCUCUUCGUCUCGGAGGACAAGGUGCGUGAUCCGGAGCUCCUGCAGCUGCCAUCAGACACGCCUUUGACCCAGGCGAGAGUCUUCAGUGCUUUCCUCCGCCCAGAAGCGACUUUCAGGUUCUUGACGUCCAAAGCUCUGGAAGAGGGUCUCGUUCCAGCCUGCGGCCCAGAGCAGGGCCAGAGCACAGAGCACGCAUUAAAGUCGGUACUCGACGUGGAGGGAAAGCUGAGCGACUUGGACCGUUUGCGUGGUGCGCUGCGUCAGCUCCAAGCAGACCACGACCGCUACGAGCACUACCAGGCGGUCCUGCGAGGUGACGGACUGGUUGUGCCGGAUCUGAAAGAUGCCUGGCUUCAGCUGCAGCGGCGACUGGAUCUUUGGAAGACCUUUGCAGACUGGCAGGACAAAUGCUGCGAGUGGUUGCCAUCGGAUCUGCUGCUGGUUGACUUGGUCAUGGUCUCGAAGGAGGUGACCGGGCUCUGGGCCCAGGCAGAACAGGCCCAGCAGGAGCUCCCCGAGAACGACGUCUUCGAGGAGCUCACGCACCAGCUCAAGUACAUGCAGGACCUGGUCCCCGUGCUCGAGGUCUUGCAGAACGAGCAUCUACGGGGCCGGCAUUGGAAGGAGCUGAGCGUGACGUUGGACGUCAAGCUCAGCGUCAGUCACCUCGGCCGGCCGCAGCUGGCCUUUGGCCAAGCAGCGGCCUGGAACCUCACCAAGCACAUGGCCGGGCUCCUGACCGUGGCACGACGGGCCACGCAGGAGCACUACGUGGAGGUCGCCCUGGAGAACCUGACGCGCUCCUGGAGUUCGGCCCUCGGCCCACGCCGCCUGGAUCUGCCGAUCACCGGCGCCAGCGGUGCCAGCGGCGCGGGUGGGGGGUUGGUGGUGGGGAGUUUGGAGGGCUUGCAGGAGCAGCUGCAGGAUGGCCUGGCCGUGGUGGGGUCCAGCACCUCCCGCUUUGCGGAAGUGCACUUGGACCGGGUGAAGCUCUGGCAAAGCCGCUUCGACAAGGUUCAGGAGCUCCUGGAGGAGAUUGGAAAUUGUCAGCGCCGACACAGCCACCUCGAUGCCACCUUUUCGACGGAGCUCCAGAACCAGCUCCCAAACGAGUUCCUCGCUUUCCAGCCUGUGGACAGCACGUGGAAGGCGCUGCUCCAUCGGCUGCAGCAGCGGCCGCAGGUGGUGGACCUGGCCCUUGACCCGCAGAACCUGCAGACGCUGCGCCAGCUGGGGGAGACCAUGGACACGAUCCUCCGGGACCUGGAAGGGUUCCUGGUCACGAAGCGGCAGAGCUUCCCGCGGCUUUUCUUCUUCUCCGACACGGAGCUCCUGCGGUUCCUCCGUUCGUUUGGGAAGCGCAGCUCUCCAAAAGCCAUGGAGCUCCUGGCUCGGCAGUGCUUUCCAGGCGUGGGCUCCUUGGAGCUGGAAGAUGCCUCGGUGCUUGCCAUACUGUCCUCGAGGGAGUGGCCAGAGCGCCUGCCCCUCCUUGCCAAGGUGAAGCUCCGGGGUCCGGAGCAGACGCUGGAAGCGAUUCAGGCGGGCAUCGGUGCGGCCUUCCGGCAGCUCCUGAAAGGGGCCAUCGAGGAGGCCGCUGCAGGGAAUGCCGACGAAUGGGCCGUGACCGUGGACCUCCCAAGCCAGGCUCCUGUCUUCCUGUCUUCCUGA